AUGUCUACACAAAGUACCAUGUUUAAUGACAUGAAAUUAGAUGUGGGCAAGUUUGACAAUGAGUUUGCUGACGAAGUGGGACCCAUAGGGGGCGGAGGGUUUGGUAUUGUAACAAAAGCCCGGCACAGGUCUGAACAGAUAGACUACGCCAUCAAAAAGAUCAAAAUAAGUGACUCGGAACAACUGAAAAAGAGGUUCCGGGAGAGAGAUAUGUGGCUAAAACUGGACUCCGAUUACUUCGUUAAGUACCGGAACUCAUGGCUAGAGAUGUGCGACGACAGGACUGAAGCCCAGUUCAGUCAAUACAAACAAUUUAAUAUACAUGACGAGGAAACAGUGGCCGCGGACGAGCUAGAUAACUCUGGCGAUCCCAACGAGGUCAAACUGCAGCCCAGACAGUACGCUAUACUACACCUACAGAUGGAGUUGUGUUGGUUUACUCUUAGGGAGGCAAUGGAAAUGUGCGGCCAAUACCUGGGAAUUGCUGGUAAUCCGAACCAACCCCUGCCACCCAUUGGCUAUUUUAUAGCCAGCGAGAUGUUGCUGGAAAUAUUGACCAGCAUCAAUUAUUUGCACGAGUACGUGCACGAGGGUAAACCUUACCCGAUAUUGCAUCGGGAUAUAAAUCCCAAUAAUAUACUGAUUAAGGCCGGUAGUGAUGGCAGGUUUAUCAAGGUAUCGGAUUUUGGCUGCGCUGUUGAGCAUGUAUUAAUGAAAUCCACACACUCGGCCAAUGUUGGUACAAUUAGGUACAUGGCACCCGAGAUUAAUCAAGGUAGAUACGAUACCAAAGCCGAUGUUUAUAGCAUCGGGGUUACCGUACAGGAGAUGUUCAAUCUGGAUAUUAAUUCGAAAGUAGAGUUAACGGGACGAUACAGGAAAUUGUCUGAACUGUCGGUAAAAUCAAUCGAUGGUAUGAGACAUCGGAGGCCGACGUGUGCCGACUGGUUGGCCGUUAAAAAUGAUCAAUGUUUGGGUGCGGGUGGGUUUGGGGUUGUCAUCAAAGGGCGUAAUAAAAUUGAUGAAAAAGAUUACGCCAUCAAAAUGAUAUUUAUACUUGAUGACGACGAGAAUAGUCUCCGGACAGAAAUAUUAGCCAAAAUACGUGAGAUUAAGAUAUGGGCCAAACUGUCGAGCGAUCGGUACGUCCAGUACAGGAGCGCAUGGCUGGAGGGCCCGGACGACGAGUGCCGUAACCGGUUUGUCAACCACUGGUACGACCAUAAAACAGGGUCUGGUAGUUUUGAUAAGACCCAGGUGGAAUUUAUGCGCAGCCUAUACCUACAGGCUAAACACUACCGGGUGCUGAACAUCCAGAUGGAUUUGUGCCAGACAUCCUUAACCAAGGUGUUGGCCGACACCCGGAGCCAUUUUGACCGGCCG